AUGGCGUGCAUCGAGAAGUUUGCGACCUACGUUACACUUGGCAAUCGUGCGUUGAUGCGAUCUGCAGCUUCAAUGAUUCGACGCAUGACCCAAGCCCAGAACGAGCAUGGUUAUAUACACUGUGAUAAGCUCGAGCAGGUCCUCGACGAGAUCGGCGAAAAGGUCUCUGGAGAAGCAGUCUGUAUCAACGUCGUUUUUCAAAACGCCGGUGUUCUAAUCGGCAGACAUCAAGACUCGGUAUACGUCGAGUCCUUCGAGCUGUUACCACUUAACUCGGCUGUUAUAAAAUCGCCUGGUAGGCUUCGCCGCUACUUUCCGGGGCCUGCCAUGGCCAUUAAACUGGGAGCGUUUCGUGACCGGGAAUUCCAGAAAUCUUUUGCAGAGGUUCUGCACAAACUUUGCCACCAGAGCUGCCCCGACAUUUGUCCUCUGGUCAAAAAGGCCGGACAACUACACGAGGAGACACGUGACACCGUCGACCCGGUAUACGUAACCGAAUUCAUGACUGCCUUUUUGGGGCCUGUCACCAAGCAUGUUGAUAACAUCACGCAAGGAGUCUGGAAGAACACACGUGACGAAAUCAUAUGGCACAAAAGUUUCAUGCCCUGGCGCCGAUCGCCAGUGUGGCUGCUUCUCCGGGUCUCGCUACAGCUCCUUCUUGGCCACGAAACAGCGUCGACAUCCCAGGCUAAAUGCCUCUACAAGUUAUUGAUGCUAUUUUUCAUUGCCUCGUUGCUUAUGGACGGUCUUUUUCACCAAGACCUGUCUAGCGACAUGAUCGAGAUCAUGAGGUUCAAGGUUGCUCGACGUAAAUAUAAAUUAUUUGCUGCUUUCCAGGGUGAAGUGGAAGAACAAGUAAUUUCAUUCGCAGACAAGGUAAUGACUGACGCCGCUCGAGAAUUGAUUAGCCGUCAGCGUUCUUUUGUUGCAAACAAAAGCCCCGACAAUAAGCUACGUCGCCUUGAGUCGGUCAAUUUUGUCAAUGACACGGUUUCCAGGUUGAAGAACCUUGACGAAUUUAUUAAGUCCAUAUCAGACCGGACUAUGAGCCUGGAUAGAGCUUCUUUCUGCCCGCCCGCGUACAUGUCAACUUUCAGCAAAGGCUCAUUGCCUGAUCUUUUUGGAUGGUCGAUUUUCGAUAUUCAUGGCUAUACGGCUUUCCGUCUUGCAGAGGUCGAAGCAUGGGUUUCUGACCACCUGGAUGGCUGGUUAAGCCAGGCCAUGAUAAGUGAAAAGGCGUGUUCCGAACUCUCUGACCUGAUUACAACCUAUAAGAGAAUCGCUACAUCGGUUUACAAAACAAACUCCGAAGGAAGGUCAAUCAUGGUACUGGUCCUGAUUGAACUCUGGGUUGCUUGCGACAAAAUAGCAACAGGUCAAAUCCCACGGCUGGAGCAAUAUAACCUUUGCAUUCCUGCAGGACUGUUCGAAUCCUUCCUGCUGCCCUUCCGUGAACAAAUGGCCAGAUUGAACAGGGUAGAAGAAUACCUCGAAAGACGGUGUAGGGCAGCCGACCAGUUGCUUCCUUGUAUUUUCAGCUCGUUUAGUGACCCCCAGUCCUUUGCCGUACGCUUCUACAGCCAAUCGACCCAUCACCAGAAUAUGCUGGUCGAAAUAGAGUCCAAGGUUGCAAAGCAGCGCAGAGCGAAAAUCGCCGAGCUUUCCAAAGUUCAGGCAGAGUAUCGGCGCCUUUACAACCUUUUCGAGUCAGAAAACUGUCGAUAUGUCGAGCUGUUGAACAAAAACGGUCGGCCGUACAUAACCCAUUCGCGCAGCUGUUCCAGAUGCUCGUACCAGAGGCAAAUGAAAGCUUUGAAUAUCAGCAUUCACGAGUGGCCUCUGCCGCGGAGCAAAAUGAAGGCUCAAGCAACUGUAUUCGAACUCUGUGUUCCCGUUCCUUUUUCAGAAUGGCGGGACAUUACCACUUUUAUCCUCCUCGACGUGCUGAAAUGCCAAUAUGGGAAAAUCAGCAUUGGACGACAGGAGCAAAGCCUCGGCACGUACCCGGCCCUGUCCAAGUUUCGGGCACCGUCUUGUGCCGAUCAACGCAUCGGUCUAGAGUCAUCGACCAAGCCCAGCGCGAGAACACACCGAGUAAGGAAACCUGUGCCGAAUCUCGAAAUUGACGACGUCUGCGUUAACAACGGCCUGGAGUAUUAUUAUUUUGAUCAGAGCUGCUCGGAGUACGUCACCAGAAUACAAGUCACACAAGACUUGCCAAAGCUGUGCACAUUCAAACUCCCACCGGAAUCCAAGGUGCUUGAGAAGUACCUGUUCCGGCCCAGCAUGUGCCCUGCCGGGCCUGUUCCGAACGCUGCCAUCGCGAACCAAGCCGAGUGUCCCCCUCAUUUGUCAAUAGAGGAGUACAAGGGUCUCUGUUCCAUCGUCGCAGGCAAUAAGAUUCAAUGGCAAAAUAUAUUUCUGCAAUUGGCGAUACCCAGCGUCAGCUUCCGGAGGGCAGAGACGGGCUGCACGGUGCUCCAGGCGAUGUACCAGGCUGGUCCGCCCGAUCAUAAAAAGACAACGCUGCGGCAGAGCCAUUCGAUCUUUGGUAAUGCAAAAUUCUGUGCCGAGUUUGUGGUCCAGCUGCGGCUGGCCACAAGGCGUAUAAAGCAAAAUUGGGAAUCGGCACCGGCCCUGGCCGUCUUUAUAUCCGCGGCCACUCGAAUUCUUUCGCUCUCUAGCGACGCGCAGGUCCAGGACUCCUGCUUCGAAUUUCUUGCCGAAGCUCGCCAGACCGCGUUUGACUGGCUGGAAAAAAUACGCGCUAAAGAAAUAUGCUCGGUGAAUUCCGGGGAACCUGAAAUGGAACUCAAAGCCAGGUCGGCCGAAAUUGCUCUGAUAUGCACCGCGACAUUUGACGUCGAGGAGCCCUACUUUGGGCGCCUGUUGACAGACGAAGAGAGCGCAUCAAUUUUGCUACAGAUCCUUUCCCGAUUAACCGUUUUUGGAAAGAGCAGCGCGCUCGACAGGGCCAUACGCUCGGCCUGGCCGGCAUACAGUGGCGGCACUGGGUGGAAUCCAGUAUCCGAUACUGCAUAUUACUGGCUCGAGACGUCGACCGAGUCGGUUUGCGGCCGUUCGCUGGCCGUCCAUUUCAACUUGCUGACCGCGGAGCUGCUCGUGAACGGGUCUCCGCUGUCGCGUCUUCCCAGCGACUGGGAAAGCCAUCCCACUUACCGGACGCUCUUUGGCAACCAGAUCUUGGACGUUAUGCCAUCAAACGUUCCGGGAAUGCGGUUUUCGGUGAAGAAGGCUGUAUCUGGUUAUGUUUUGAACCUUGGCCUUCAAUUAUCCGGAAUUGGAUCUGAAGAUGAAGAUUUGAUCAUUUCGGCCAAGAGGCUCAAUGCAGGACCGGACGCCUCUAUAUAUCAUCUGGUACCGGCUAGGGUAUUCAGAAAUAAGUUACCUGAAUCUUUUGUUACCGGACAGUCUCACUGGUAUAAUAAUGUUCGAAUCCUGCUCCCUCCACCUCCUCCCCGCUUACCCGUGGCAAGGAUAACCCGGCUGGCUAUCGACAACAACCACCCGCCUGUGCCGUCGAGCCCACACUUGUUGGGAACUUCGUCUCCAUGGCUACAAACGACCGACAGCUCCGCUGUUUGGACACAGGCCCCUCUCGAUGAAGAGCCGUCAACUGCCGUCAGACGAAUCCUCCGUGCGCCUGAAGGCACGGGGUCGCAUAUGCCUGAGACGACAAAGACAGCGUCAAACAAAGCCCAUUUGCCUGGAGGAAAUCCCCGCAUUUGGGAGCUUGUGAAGAGAUUCGAGUCACAAGCCGUGUCAGACUUUCAAAAACGCUAUGCAACAGAUUUGAAGGGAAGCAUUCAGGCCCUGGAAUCCAGGUUUGCCGGUCCGACAGCCGGUCUAUCUGGUAAUGAUUGUGCGUUUCUGAAGACAGAGCUUGAAUCAUAUAAAGCGACAUAUAUUCGCCAUAUGAACUGGUUAUUUUCCAUCUUGGAGGCUUCCAUCGGUAUCGAUGGUGACCCAGCGACUCAAGCCACCAGGCCCCUGCCGAGAAUCUCGGGCAAAUUCUUCAUAUCUCAGCUUGCAGCCGACCGAUGGAAACUGCUUCCGGACGCAUGGAAAGAACCAAUCGUUGAAUACGGCCUGGCGAUAUAUCAAGUCCAGCGGGCGGAGAGACUGUUGGCUUUGGCGUCCCCCGAGCGGCAGCACGAGCUGACCGCUGAACUCAGCAACCCCGGACAUAGCAAUUGGGACCCUUUAGAGCUGCCGCUGUUGCUUUUGAUGGAGAUCGAGACAAACAUGACCAUCCGGGCGAUCCAGAUGUGUAUUGCCAAGGAGAUGAUCAGUCCUCCCGGGCGCCAAAACGCCUCCAUGCAGCUCAACAUGGGCGAGGGCAAAUCAUCAAUAAUCGUACCUGCGGUGGCCGCUAUCCUAGCCUCCAUAAGGGAGAGCCUGUUUAUUUACACCAUGGGCAUCCAGAGGCCGCUAGCUUUCAGCCCGGGGAGAUGGUUGCUUUUGCAUCACGUCCUCGAUGUGGUUCGGCAGGUCUGUCCUUCUCUAGUCUACGAAAUGCCUCGGGCUAUCGAAUAUUCUGACCGGCAUGGGCCAAACUCGUUCCCGUUCAUCCGGAUCCUGGGAGGCAGCGAGACUCAGUACCGUCUGGUGUGCGCCGUUGCCCGGCAGAUUUGCCAAAUCGGGUUCGCAGGUGUGCCCAUAGCCCGCCAGACUAAGAUAGCGCAGGUUGAGGAUCCUGAAAGGUGCAGCUUGUGGACCGACACCAUUAAAAACUCGCUGCUUCUCCUUCGCGGCCUCCUUGCCGGUGGCAUCCUCGGGUUCGUUUUGGGACAGAAGCGUUGGCGCGUUAAUUACGGCCUCGACCUGGAACGAAGGCCCCCAACGCGUCUGGUUGUGCCAUACAGAGCGAAGGAUUCGCCUUCCCCUCGCUCUGAGUUUUCGCACCCAGAGGUUGUUAUUUUGUUAAUUUCAUUCAGCUAUUACUACCGCGGUUUUGGCGAUCAAAAUUUGUUCCAUGCGUUUGAGCAUUUCCUCCAUUCUGAUCAACCCAACCAGGAAUAUCAGGAAUGGGUCAGAGGUGUCCAGGAUCUCUCUCCUGCAUUUCAACACCUCGAAGGUAUUAACAUCAAGGAUCGCUUCCAAAUAACCACGCAAGUUUUCCCAGUACUGCGUUACUCCAAAGCUGCCGUCGAUUAUUUCCUCAGGAAUGUCGUGUUUCCGAGAUUUAUGAAGGAUUUCCCCAGCAAAUUGACCGCCUCUGGGUGGGAUUUCGGCGCUGUCAAAUCCCACCCUACAAUUGGAUUUAGCGGCACCAAAGAUUCGCGGGAGUUUUUACCGCUAUCCGUCCAGCACCUCGACCUGAAAAAUCAGCAACAUAUCGACGCCCUGGUAAUCGAGUACCUGCUUCAGAAUGAGACUGAAGUUAUGCUGCUGCCCUCGCGCGAGGAGACAGAGACUGCGGCAAACGACGCGGAGCAGGUGCUGACGGCCGUGGUAAAUGCGUACCCAGACGUUCAUGUCAUGCUGGACGUUGGCGCGCAGAUUCUGGAGCUUAACAACCUCCAAAUGGCCAAGCAGUGGCUAGAAAUGAACAAUCAGGUGGCGGGCCUUGGGGGAACCGGCCAUACCAAAAAGCAAGCCUGCGUCUAUCUCGACGACCACGACGAACUCAGGAUCGUCGACCUCCGCGGCGCGACCGAGCUUCUGCAAAUAUCGCCAUAUGCUCAGCUGCUCGAUCAAUGCCUGGUCUUUCUCGACGAGGCCCACACCCGCGGGACGGACCUUAAGCUUCCGGUCUAUUACCGGGCUGCGGUCACGCUCGGACCAGCACUAACAAAGGACCGACUUAUUCAAGAGAUUCAGUCCAAGAUUUUGCAGCGGAGAGGCCCGGACCGAGACAGCGCCAUUACCCCAAUAGAGGUCUCUGAGAUCAUCGAAUGGUCGAUAGCUGAGACGUGUAUCGAUCUUGAACGGUGCGUUGGCUUGUGGGCAGUCCAGGGCAAGCGGUUUGCCCAUCAGCAGCACCUUUGGUAUGAGAUAAGCGGGGGAAGCAAACUUUCGGAGGACGGGAAAAAACGACAAACCAAGCAGUGGGCCGAGAAGUUCCUUGAGGACGAAGCGCGGACCAUCCAAGACCUGUACCGUCCUGGCCCUCGCCUGCCGACGUUGUGCUGCGACGGACACGCUGACCAUGAUGGCGUCAACCUUAUUGAGAAGCACGUGGCCAAGUUUGGACGUAGUGCCGACACGUCGUCGGCGACGGCACUGCAGGAGGAGCAGGAGCGAGAGCUGUCGCCCGAGAUUCAAAAGGAGAUGCAGAUCCAGAGGCCCCAUCCGGCUGAUCCGGCCGAACACUCGCUAGACCCAGAAAUGGUGUAUUUUAUUCGCACAGGCGUCGUCCGGAAGGGUGCCAUCCCUUCGGCCUUUUCGCCGGCCUUUUCGACGCUGUCUUGCACCACGGCCGCCGCGCACCUGACCGAUAUGGACGAGUUCCCGCAGAAUCUACUCGUGACCAGGGACUUUGCCCGCACCAUUAAGACGAGCGGCCACGAGGGCAGAGGAAGCGAAAAUAAGACGGAUCAGUUCCUGCGCCCGGUGCAGUGGGUCGUGACCAGCGCCGGCGGGAGGCCGAACGACGGCGGCGGCGCCGUGGCGACAACCAUGGUGAUCAUCAGCCCCUUCGAGGCGCAGAACCUGAUCAGCGAAUUCGAGACGAAGCACCGGCGCGUCGUACUCCACCUGUACGCGCCGCGCGUGCUGCUGGGCUUCCGGCCGCUCGACGGGCUCCGCCUGUACACGACCCCGGCCCUGUCGGACGGCUGGGCCGUGUCGCCCCGGCUGGUUCUACAACUGAACCUCUUUUCCGGGCAGCUGUAUUUUAACUCCUUCGUAAAGUAUACUGCCGUGUGCGACAUGCUGGGCCUGGACUGGAGGGGUUGUGCCGGCAAGCAGGAGCAGAGCGUGAGCGGCGUUGGGGCCGACGGCUUUGUCAACCCGGUGUUUAGGUCGACCGACCACGAGACCGGCUGCACGUUUAGGCACAGCCCUGUCGGGUUUCUGAAGGUCUUUUUGAGCAAGGUGCGCCGGGACAGUAAGGGUAUCGACAGGACCCAUAUUGGCAAGAUGUUGGAUGCGGUGCUUUUGACGGAGAAGGACUUUGUAAACUGA